AUGCAAUUAUUCAAACUAUUUCCAGUUGUUUGCAUUUUGUACCGCCAAGUGUCUGCAAUAUCGCAAAACAUGUUUCUUUUCGAGUCCCAACAUGUCUCUUGGUAUAAACCAAACUGGCCUCUCUUAAACAUGACCAAGGAGACCAGGGAUCUCCUUCUUCAAUGCAAAGAAGUUCCGAAUGAAGAAUUAUCGGAUGAUGUUGAUCUAAUCAUCAGGAGAAGUAGUGAAUUUCCCGUGAAGUUCCCAAUCGAAUCUGUCAGAUUAAAACAGCUCAAAGAAACAAUUGCAAUAGAUAAGUUAAAGAUGAAUAUAGUGUCUACCUACCCUAUUAUACAUGAGAGAGUUUUACUGCUGAUGGCACAUUUCCUUGUUUACAAGAGAGAAUACGGCUCGAGUAUUGAAAAGGCGUUGUAUAAAGACAUGUCAGUGGCCGAUUUGGUUGACAGGAUACUAAAAAAGCGAGCGGUCGUUUUCAUGAAUUCAAGUGAUGAUUAUCUACUACUUUCUGGGCAGCAUGGCAACGGCGGCUGGGAAGCUGUCGGUACAGAAGCAGAAACAUAUCCUCUAAAACUAGAAAACUGCCUGAGCUACGAUGAAAUGAAACUGUCUUCGAUGGUGUAUGUAAGUGGGCAUACAGCAUGCAUUAAUGAUGGAAAUAGGCAUAACGGGGGGCAAGUCAGUGACGAAGAUGUGGAAACCGACGCUGUUAUCAUUGGCAUUGUUGGACCAAGAUUUGAACGCGAAGACCGCAUGGAAUACGAGGAUAUAUUAAUAACUGAGAAACAGAACACGGCUGAAAAUGGAUAUGACGAAAGCCAGGACAUAAGGAGUAAGUGGCGACAAAUGUGGGCCGAGUUUUAUCAGGUUCAUAGUCAAACCUAUACCAACUUAAAAUCAUCAGUCAAUAUUCCCAACAAUCAAACUCCAGAGCAACGUUAUCAAGACCGAUACGUUAAUUUAAAUCGUAUUGGCGUAUUUGAUAAUGAAGUUUAUUACAAAAGAUUGAGUGUGACAGCUGAGUGCGUUUUAUUGGAAGCCAAUGCUAGGGCUGAAACAGCAGGAAAAGAUGCUUUUGUUAAUGUUAUUGGUGCUGGUCUCGGAGUGUGGAAGGUAUCGCCCCAUCAGGUAGACGUAUUCGUGUUAACUUUCUUGGAGCGCACUCGGGUGUUUUUGGAAAAGGGCUUGCUCAACCACGUGGCGGAUGUAAAUUUCGCUUAUAUUAGGCCUUCCAAGUUUAUUUUGGCUCUGUUUACGGAUAAAAGGGGUAACGAACACGAACCAGUGACCGUGCAGAAGUUGUUCUUACAAUGGAAAACACAUCCCAGAGGUGGUAUAAACGUGCAGCUGGCGAAAAGAGAACCUUCGUCAAAAUUAACGGGCGAGCAUGAAGGAAAGUUACUUGUUAUGACUUACCCAUGGGACGGUAAUGCGCAUCCCGGUAAUGAAUUUUGGUUGGGCAGUCUUGACGGCUCCGGUGAUCCUGCUGCCGCAUCAUCUACACAAGUGGCCGAGCUUCACAACGCUCAUAUCAACCCCGCUGUAAACGGCAAUAAUACUAAAAUUGCAGGCCAUAAUGGAGUUACGUCCAUUUCAAACUAUUGCGCUACACAAAUAAAUUAAAAAUAAUAUUGUAAAUGAUAUUACUCGCAGUAAUUAUAAGUUAAAUAAUGCGAACAAUAAAAAAGGUCUUUAAAAACCAAAAAUAAAGGUCUGCCACAAACAUAUGGAAAAAUUCGUAACGUCUGCUGGUUCGUUCCGUGGCUUAA